UCACACAAAAAUGUUAAUUAAUAAAUUUCAAUUAAUUUUAUUUUUUAUCCUCACCGUUUACGCGUUAACCAUUUUAGCUGUAAACCCUCCUUUUGGAAGACUGUCAGUAAAUAAAGGCCAAUUAGUUGGGGCAAAUGGUCGACCAGUUCAGUUGAGAGGAAUUUCUCUUUGGUUCAGUCAGUGGUUAACUCAAUGGUAUUCUCCUCCAGCUGUUAAGGCUAUUAAAUGUUUCUUUAAUGGAAAUGUUGUUCGAGCAGCAAUUGGAACUUGUUGUUCUGGCUAUUUGGAGAACCCACAGGCUGCGAUUAAGGCAGCCAUGACUGUUGCAGACGCCGCCAUCGCGGUAACUUUUAGCUACAAAAAUUUUAAAAAUAAUUUUAAGAACGGAAUUUAUUUCAUAAUUGACUGGCACGAUGUUGCUAACCAGAAAUGCACAAACGAUGCAGAAUUUAAAAAGUUCACCAACAGCGCUAUCACUUUUUUCACAACAAUAUUGAAUAAAUACAAAGGGUCUCCAAACUUAAUUUUGGAACUGUGGAAUGAGCCUAUAUGUCCUUGGAAUAAAUUAAAAGAGUAUUACAAUGCUGUGCUAGCAGUAAGUUUUUAA